AUUAUCAGUACUCUCAUCACAAACCAAAGUAUCAAACAAGAAAAGAAUUGUGAGAAGAAUAAAGAGAGAUAUCAUGACUACUACUCCAGAUUGGAUCAUGAUUGGAGGAGAAGGUCCUGAGAGUUAUAACCAACAAUUGCUAGAAGUGGCAAAGGAAAAGAUGACCGAGGCGAUCUCAGUGAACCUCAGCCUCGAUUUGAUUUCCAACCGGUUCAGUAUAGCAGACUUCGGUUGUGCGAGUGGAACUAACACUUUUGUGUCAGUCCAAAACAUAAUUGAUGCGGUAGAAGAAAAAUACCGUAGAGAAACCGGACAAAAACCGGCAAACAACAUCGAGUUCCAAGUUCUCUUCAACGACUUUAGCGUCAACGAUUUCAACACUCUCUUCCAAACACUUCCUCAAGGGAGAAGAUACUAUAGCGCUGGGGUUCCUGGUUCCUUUUUCGCCCGUGUUCUUCCUAAGGAGAGUUUCCACAUCGGAGUCAUGAGUUACACAUUCCAUUUAACCUCCAAAUUAAAAAUUCCCAAAGGGAUCAUGGACCGUGACUCUCCCUUGUGGAGCAAAGACAUGCAGUGCACCGGGUUCAACCAAGCGGUAAAGAAAUCAUAUCUUGAUCAAUACUCUAUCGACACCAAUAAUCUAUUGGAUGCUAGAGCUGAAGAGCUCGUGCCCUGGGGAUUGAUGUUGCUUUUAAGAUCGUGUCUUAGAGACGGAGUUAAGAUGUCUGAGACCCCUAAAGGAAAAGUAAUGGACUUGAUCGGAGAAUCGCUUAAACAAAGCGAGAUAAGGCAAAUCAUUGAGGAGAAUGAGAAGCUCACAAUCAAGGCUUUUGAGGAUAUCAUUCACUCUAAAAAUGAUUUUCCUCUAGACCCCAAAAUAUUGGCCGUCUCUUACAAGGCUUUCUCUGGAGCUUUCAUUUCUGCACAUUUUGGAAUAGAAACCAUGGGGAAAGCCUUUGAGCUUGCUGAGAAUCGGCAUGGUAUACCCAAAACCCCUCAAGGGUUGAAGAGGAUUUUGGUUGUUAGACGAAGCGGCGAGAAAGCCGAUGUUUAUUAUGAAACAGAAGCUCCUAAACGAAAGAGACUAAAGUGUUUCAAGGACGUCGCUAAGUUUAUUGAAGACAAUGAACAAUUCAACGACAUGAAGAUAUAAGAGGUUUAUUUUGCCGCACCCAAACGGAUGAAGAAAAAAAGUCUAAGUAAGGAUGUUGCAGUUGCUGAUAAGUGAUAACAAGACUUGACAAGAUCACUAAGUUAAGGUUUAUUAUGUCUCUUUAGUUUCUUUCUACAUAUGUGAUGAACAAAACUCAAGCACUAGG